CUAGUGUUGCGUAGAGCUUUAUUUAUUACAUUUAUUGUGCGUACAUCUUCACGAAAUUGUAAUUUAUAAAAGAAAAAAGAAUUUUAUGUUACGUUGUGUGGGCAGUCUGCGGAAAAUGGCCAGUUUUAGUGGACAGAAACUUGAGCAUGUGGUGAAACAGCUAGAAUGCUUUGCUCCUACCUCACUGGCUGAAAAAUGGGACAACGUGGGACUGCUGAUCGAGCCAACUAAACAUAAAUUAGUGCAGCGCAUAUUGCUUACUAAUGAUCUCACAGAGCCCGUUAUGGGCGAAGCUCUGGAAAAGAAUGUGGAUCUGAUAAUUAGCUAUCAUCCGCCAAUUUUUCGGCCACUGACGCGGAUCACACAAUCAAAUUGGAAGGAACGCGUGGUUGCCUCGUGUUUACUGAACUCCAUAGCGCUCUAUUCUCCACACACCGCCUGGGAUAAGGUGUUGGGUGGCGUAAACGAUUGGCUGGCCAAGGCUGUGGACAUCAAGGGCAUAAAGCCUUUGGUUCCUGAGGUAGGCGCCGAACCGGGGACUGGAUCGGGCCGCUUAGUGGACACAAAUAUGACCAUCUCACAGCUGGUGCAAACGCUACAGGAGCACAUACAACAAUGCGUCCAUGUGGCUUAUGCAGUAGAGCACCAUCCGAAAUCACAAGUGAGCACUGUGGGCAUUUGUGCCGGCUCUGGAGGAUCGCUGCUGCGCGGUGUGCAGGCGGAUGUGAUGAUUACGGGUGAAAUGUCGCAUCAUGAGUUGCUCGACUUCAAUCACAAUGGUACCACAGUAUUGUUGUGCAACCACAGUAACUCGGAACGUGGAUAUCUUAAGGAAUUUAAGGUGCUUCUAAGCGAACGUCUUGAGGGCGCCUGUGAAUUGUUUAUAUCGGAAAAGGAUAAAGAUCCCUUGCAAACAUUGAUCAGAGGCGAUGCUCAAGGCGCACAGAGCAUUCAACAGUAGUUGAGGUUUAACAAACGCAUUUAAUGUUAUAUAAUUACAAUCGCAACUUAAACUUAAA